AUGGAGGCCACGGCGACGCCAAGCACCCAAGAAGAAGUCAAGCCCGGCACGGCGAAGGUAACCGUGGCCGAGGUGACGCUCCGGAAGUUCGAGGUGUCCGACGUGGACGCCAUGAUGGCGUGGGCGUCGGACCCGCAGGUGGCCGCCCCGUGCCGGUGGGACGCCUACGAGUCGACGGAGCCACUGCUGGCCUUCAUCCGCGACGUGGUGCUCCCGCACCCGUGGUUCCGCGCCAUCUGCCUCGAGUCCGGCCGCCCCGUCGGCGCGGUGUCCGUGUCCCCGACGGGGGACCCGUGCCGCGCCGAGCUGGGCUACGUGCUGGCGCGCGCGCACUGGGGCCGGGGCGUGGCCACGGCCGCCGUGAAGCGCACGGUGGCCACGGUGUUCGCCGAGGUGCAGCGGCUGGAGCGCGUGGAGGCGCUCGUGGACGUGGCCAACCCGGCGUCGCAGCGCGUGCUGGAGAAGGCCGGGUUCACGAGGGAGGCCGUGCUCCGCAAGUACUCCGCCGUCAAGGGCAUCGUCAGGGACAUGGUCAUGUUCAGCUUCAUCGAUACCGACCCGGUGCCUGAGUGA